GUGGAAUUAACCUCGAAAAUCAUUAAUAUUCAUAACUUUCAUCGAUUAUAUACAUAUAUAAUUAUUAUUCGUGUACGAACAGAAUACAAAUGAUAAAUUCUUUAGUUUCGAGUGUGUGUAAAACAAUUUCGGGGAAUUGUUUUCUUAAAAAUCGAGUCAGAAAUUUGUCACAAUUUGGUGGAAGGAUGGAAGGGUUUUUAUUUAGACAGUUGUUCGAUUCCACGAGUAGCACGUACACCUACCUUUUAGCCGAUACGGAAACCAGAGAGGCCCUAAUAAUUGACCCAGUUUUGGAACAGGCCAAAAGGGAUAAACAGCUCGUCGAAGAAUUGGGACUUACUUUGAAAUAUGCAAUUAACACUCAUGUUCACGCCGAUCACAUAACUGGAACCGGAUUUUUGAAACAGCUUUUACCCGGAACAAAAUCCGUGAUCAGUGAAGCCAGUGGCGCACAAGCCGAUAAAUUCCUGAAAGAUGGGGACAUUUUGCGUGUUGGGUCAAUAGAUCUUUUGGCAAGGGCCACUCCUGGCCAUACAGUUGGAUGUAUGAGUUAUAUUUUACAUAGGCAGGCAAUGGUUUUCACUGGAGAUGCCCUUUUAGUACGUGGUUGUGGAAGAACAGAUUUUCAAGGAGGUGAUUCGAGGGCUCUCUAUAGAAAUGUACACGAGGUGAUUUUGUCUUUGCCAGAACACUAUCUUUUGUAUCCUGCUCAUGACUACAAAGGUAACACCGUAACGUCUGUCGGCGAAGAAAAACGACAUAACCCGAGGAUGACAAAAACCGAAGACGAAUUCGUAGAAUUGAUGGCCAAUUUGAAUUUGGCCUAUCCUAAAAUGAUAGAUAAAGCAGUGCCUGCUAAUAAAGUUUGUGGUUUGCAAGACAUUCCUGAAAAUUAAAGAAGUGCCUUUGAUCAAAAAAG